ACAGUCUGCAUAAUCUUUGUACAGUGACGCACUCACUUGGGACGUGGUUAACAGUUUGUGCCACAGCUAUAAGGCAGUUAACGUGCCCCAGUGUAUUGUAUCCAUGCAGUCAAUCCAAAUGUCUCCCACGUGCGCCCUUCUGGUGCUCUCGUUGGCGGCCACGGUCAAGGGUGACGAAGUGCUGGUGACCGUGCAGCAGGGCACGCUGAGAGGGUUCACGGCGACGAGCAUCUACAACACGUCCUACACGGCAUUCCUGGGCAUCCCGUACGCCGAACCACCGGUGGGCGACCUGCGUUUCGAGCCUCCGCAAGUUGCCAGCGGCUGGGAGGGCGUCCGCAACGCCACGGAGUACGGCAGCGACUGCGUGCAGGAGACGGGCGAGGGCUCGGAGGACUGCCUCUACCUGAACGUGUACGUGCCGGGGGUGCCGCAGGAGGGCGCCGGGCUGCCCGUGCUCUUCUACGUGCAUGGUGGAGGCUUCGUCAGGGGCAGCGGCUCCAACCAGAAGUUUGGGCCGGACUUCCUCGUCUCGUACGGAGUUAUACUGGUCACCAUAAACUACCGUCUUGGGCCGCUAGGUUUCCUGAGUGCUAGAGACGUGGUGAUCCCUGGCAACGCGGGACUCAAGGACCAGCUGCUGGGGCUCUCCUGGGUGCAGAGCAACAUCGCACGCUUCGGCGGUGAUCCUCAGCGUGUGACGCUGGACGGACGCAGCGCUGGCGGCGACGCUGUCUCCCUGCAUCUAACGUCACCUUUGACUGCAGGUCUCUUCUCACAGCUGGUGGACCAGAGCGGCACCUUCGCCGCCCGCAUGUCGCUGGUGCGCGAUGCCCGCCACCACGCCUUCGCACUGGGUUCUGUUCUCGGCUACGAAGCGGAAAACUCGCAGCAGCUGGUGGAGUUCUUACGAUCUGUCAACGCCACUGACCUUCUAGUGGACCAGUCGCUCUUAAUGACGGAUGAGGAAAAACUGUAUUUCUCUUACAACGUUUGGGCACCUACUAUUGAACCGGAUAUCGAAGGUGCUUUCGUGCGAGAGUCUCCAAUUCGGACUGUGAGUGCAGGCACUUUCAACAGAGUGCCCAUCAUGAUCGGCGUUACAUCUAUUGAGAAUGGGGCCAAUAUUCUGAAUGAAACAGACGUUGUUGCCAACCUCAACGAAAAUUUUGAAGCUGUGGUGGGCCCAUGUCUUCAUCUACAGACGACGAAUGAACAGACGCAAGCAGCACUUGCAGUUAGGAAUUUCUAUUUUGGCAACGAAACUAUCAGCCUAGAUAAUCCUGAGCCUUUGGUCCAGCUUAAGGUGGACAUAGAUUUCUUCAAUUCCACUGAUGCACUCGUCAGGAGAAUAGUGGAAGUUACCGAUCUACCAGUCUACUACUACGAGUUCGACUACCGCGGAGAGAACGUACCUACAAACGAAUGGGGCGUUGAACACGGUGGAGAGCAAGGCUUCCUCUUCCUCCAUUAUAAUAACGAUCUCAAUUACAACUUGGACCCACAAUCUGAAGAGGAUCGAGUGCGGAGGAAUAUGCUGCGUCUAUGGACCAACUUCGUAAAAUACGGGAAUCCAACCCCCGAGGCGGAUCCUGUGGUGUGGGAGCCCUAUAACGUGACCAGUCGCAGCUACCUGCUGAUGCAGGCCAAUUUCACGCUCGCACACAACAGGCUUGGUGAGCGCAUGGACUUCUGGGAUGAGAACGUGCCAUUGGAGGCAUUCCCCGGGACCUACUGACGAGAGUGACAUGAGACUCUGAAUACUGGCUUAGCACUUCGACAUUUAGAAACUUUUAUUCAAUAUUUCACGCAAGCUGUUCUGCAUGUAUUAAAAGUAGCUUUUUACAAAAAUGAUUAGGAAAUAAAAUAUUAGUCUAGAUAUUUCUUCCUA